CAAACCUACGCGUGGCCGCAGAAACAUGGAAGCCGAGACAAGGCUGAAAAAGUUGUACUGUUGGCCGUAAUCUGCACUCUUAAAAAAAAAUUAACUCGCUUUUCUUCGCCCAUAACAAGUCACAGUGGAUGCAAUGAAAAUGCUUGGCAUGUACGUGCCUGACAGAUUUUCUCUGAAGUCGUCUAAAGUCCAGGAUGGAAUUGGUCUCUACACCGCCAGACACGUAAAAAAGGGGGAGAAAUUUGGCCCAUUUGCUGGUGAAAAGAAGAUGCCUUGUGACUUGGAUGAUAACAUGGACCCUCGACUAAUGUGGGAGGUACGUGGAAGCAAAGGAGAGGUGCUUUAUAUUCUAGAUGCUAGUAAUCCACGACAUGCAAACUGGUUGCGUUUUGUCCAUCAGGCGCCAUCACAAGAGCAAAAAAACCUGGCAGCAAUUCAGGAUGGAGAAAAUAUAUUUUACUUGGCUGUUGAUGACAUUGACACUGACACAGAACUUCUAAUUGGCUACUUGGAUAGUGACAUGGAAGAACUGGAAGAGGAAGAGGAGGAAGAGGAAGUCAUCAUCAAGGAAGAGGAAGAAAACACAAAAGAUAUACAGCAGACAACAGAAAAGGAACCAGCAAAUGAGGAGGAAGAUCAUGCCUGCCCACAUUGUGAAAGUAGCUUCUCAAGUCAGGAAAUACUUGCUGCUCACGUACAAACACUUCAUCAAAAACCCAGCGAAGAAAAAGAGUUCAAAUGUAGAAACUGUGGAAAGAAAUUUCCAGUCAAACAGGCUUUACAAAGGCAUGUUCUACAGUGCACGGAGAGCAUCAGUCCUGGAGAUACUUCAAAGGCCUAUCAAUGUUCCCUCUGCAGCACUUCCUUCAGCUCUGAGUCAAGUUUUGAACAACAUAAAGAAGCUUGCAAGGGGGAUGCCAGGUUUAUAUGUAAAGCCGAUAGCUGUGGGAAAAGGUUCAAAAGCAAGGAUGCCUUGAAAAAGCAUAAACAAAAUGUACAUACAGGAAACCCUCGCAAGAAACUGAUGUGCUCUGUUUGUAAUAAGAAGUGCUCUUCAGCUAUGAACCUGCAGGAGCAUCGAAAGGUUCAUGAGUUGUUUGACUGCCAAGAGUGUGAUAAAAAAUUUAUUUCAAGUAAUCAACUUAAACGCCACAUGAUUACCCAUUCAGAGAAACGGCCAUACACCUGUGAGGUCUGCAGCAGGUCCUUCAAACGUCUUGACCAAGUUACAGCCCACAAAAUCAUACACAGUGAAGAUAAACCCUACAAGUGUAAGCUCUGUGGUAAAGAGUUUGCUCAUCGAAAUGUUUACAAGAACCACAAAAAGACUCAUUCAGAAGAGCGUCCCUUUCAGUGUGAGGAAUGCAAAGCCUUGUUCAGGACUCCAUUUUCCUUACAAAGGCACUUGUUGAUACACAAUAGUGAAAGAACUUUUAAAUGUGAUCAGUGUGAUGCUACAUUUAAAAGAAAGGACACUUUGAAUGUUCACAUCCAAGUUGUACAUGACGGACACAAAAAGUACAAAUGUGAUCUUUGUGAGAAGGCUUUUGUGACUCCUUCAGUGCUAAAGAGUCAUAAAAAAACUCAUACUGGAGAAAAGGAAAAAAUAUGUCCAUACUGUGGCCAGAAAUUUGCAAGUAAUGGAACUCUGAGAGUUCACAUCAGGAGUCAUACAGGUGAGCGCCCCUACCAGUGUCCAUACUGUGACAAGGCUUUCAGCAAGAAUGAUGGAUUGAAAAUGCAUAUACGGACACACACAAGGGAAAAGCCGUAUCAGUGUACUGAGUGUAACAAGGCUUUCAGCCAGAAGCGAGGUCUAGAUGAGCACAUGAGGACUCACACUGGAGAAAAACCAUUCCAAUGUGACGUUUGUGACCUCUCCUUCAGUUUAAAGAAGAUGUUGAUUCGGCACAAGUUGACUCAUAAUCCGAACAGACCUAUGGCAGAAUGCCAGCUCUGCCACAAGAAGUUUACCAGAAAUGAUUACCUCAAAGUCCACAUGGAAAAUGUACAUGGGGAAACAGACAGUUGAAACAGAAGUGAGGUGAUCUCAACAUACGGAGUGUUCUUUAUGACAUUUGUAGGUGACCCUCCAAAUUUAUUUUGAAUCAGAAAUGCCUGUAUGGUGCCAUGAUAUACUGGCAUAAUGCAGAUUUUAUCAGGUCUAGCAUCCUUUUUGCCACUUUUUCAAAGAUCUUUUAGAUAUAUAUAUUCAUUAUUUCAGAUUAGUUAUUAAUGAGAAAAAUACAUGUAAAGUCUUUUUCAAUAAUUUGUUUAAUUUGCUUCAAACAUUGACACAUUUUAAGUAACUUGUUUUACCUCUUAGGUUUACCAAGUUAUUCCCAACAGAAAAUACGAUAAGCAAGCGUUUUAACCCAUUAAUUGAUUAACUUAUCUGUGUGUAAAUGAGUGCAGGAAAAGAAGUGCACAGCCACUGCAAAAUGAGUAUGUGAUUCAUAUACAUCUUUGAAAAUUUUAAACCAGAUAAAAACCAGCCCACAUCCCAUGAAUAUUAAAGACAUCUUACAUGAGCAAAAUUAGUUGUUUCUGAGUUUUUUGCAAGUUUGGAAUAAAAAAAAUAUUCUUUCUGCAUCAGAAUAGCAUUUUCCUUACAAUAGAGAAGUUGGUUUAUUAGCAUAAGAAAAUAUCUCAAAUAUUAAUAACAUGUUAUAUACAAACUUUGUAAAUGCAGUAAAAUAAAUUUAAACAUAAAACUGCCUAUAUUGUUUAUUUAAGGAAAAUGACCAUAACUGGAGGUUUGAAAAAUUAAAUUUCUAGAUAAAGCAAUGAGACAUACAUUUUUAUAACCAGUUCUGUGUUGAGUGUACCCUGUGUCUGUCCCUACAGCAUCAGGUAGAAAACAGAAAUCAAUCCUAUUUAGGACGGCCUUGUAUCACAGGGUACACCCACUCAAACACAUUCACGUCAGGUCUGUUUAGUGUCCAUCUUAUGACUUUGGAUAUGGAAGGAUAAUCAGAAUGACUGUUUAUUUAUUUAAAAAAAUAAAUAAAAAACACAAAGGCAUCGAAGGAACAUGUGAAAUUCACAAAGUAAAAGCAGUUCUAGCUACUGCGCCACUAUAUCUGUGCAGCCUUCACCUUCCAUUAUAUUUACCAUACAAUCAAUGGCUGCUUUAAUUUAGGUACACUUCUCUUGUACCAGGUUGGACCCUCUUUUACCCCUAUAACUCCUGAAUAUGUUGAAGAGUGGAUUUAUAAAGGUGCUGGAAGAAUUUUUUAGGGAUUUCAAUCCAUGCUGAGUCGAUAGCAUCACAUACUUUCUCCAGAUUUUUGGAACACACAUUCAUGCUAUAAGUUAUCUCAUCCUAAAGGCACUCUGUUUAUGGUAGGCCAUUGGAGUAAACUGAAUUCAGUUUCACAUUUGAAGAACAGGUUUGAGACUAUGCAUGCUUCGUGACAUUGUGCCUUGACAUGCUGGAAAUAACCUCUAGAAAAAGGACAAGCUGUGGCUCAACAAUGGAAGUGCAUGGUCAUCAACAAUUUCUGGGAACAUUGUGGCACUAAUGAAAACUAAGGUGGGCCAUCUACAUGUCACUUCCUGUUCUUGCUGACAGGAGUAGUACAUGGCUUGGCCUUUUGUUGAUGUAGCACAUCCAGUUCAAGGUCAGAUGUAUUAUGCAUUCAGAGGUGUCCCUUUACAUGAAAUUGUUGAGCUGUAAUAUCCAUUUUUAUGAUAUUGUUAUGUCAACUCAUAAGAAUUGUAAAACCUGUUUUUUUCCCAUUAAACUUUGUUUUAAAUAAAA